UGAUAUAUCUUCUCAAAGUCAGUGCAUUAAAGUCAAGAAUCCUCAUUUCAGGAUGUACAACGGGCAACCUCCCUUCCCAGGCAAUGGCCUCCCCCCUUUCCCUCCUCAGAUGGUUCCUAACGGCACUAUGCCUGCUGGCUUUCCGCCUUUCGCUCCUCCUUUUCCACCUCCUUUUCCAGGUAUGCGACCACCUUCAGGUCCAGGAAUACCUUCUCCAGCGACUCCAGGUAUGAUGCCUUCUCCAGCGCCUAUGUCAGGUAUGCAGACUCCAGGUAUGGCUUUCCGACCACCUCCAAUGGGAUAUGCUCCUCGACCAGCCCACCCUGGUCUGGGAUCGACUCCUCAUGGUUUGCCGCAGCCUCCGCACAUGCCUCCUAGUACACCAAAACCGGAUGUAAAGACUACAAAGGUAUUUGUCGGUGGCAUCGCUCCAGGAAUAACAGAUGAGACUUUGGAGAGUUUGCUUAAUGCAUGUGGACCUUUGCAUGAACUUAAACGGGUUAUCGGUGCGAGUGGCAAGCCUCAAGCAUUCGGGUUUGCGAUGUUUGAAAACCCCGAAGUCGUCUUGCGUUGUAUCAGAUGUUUAAACGGUGUCGAAUUACCCGACAUGACGCCAGAGGGUAGAAGAGACAGGAAGCCAGCGAAGAAACUGAUUGUGAAAGCGGAUGAGAAAACCCAGGCAUUUUUGGAAGAAUUUGAAUCGACUUUGGGUCGAAGCGAUUCGGACGAAGAAGCGGACGCAUCAAGCCGGAAAUCAAUUCAACACAUCAUCGCUCUGCUCACAGAUCCCAACGCCCAACAUCCCGACGGCCCUUCGGCUGGUAACAACGGUGGCCAAUCUCCUGUACAAGUGGUCGUCCCAGCUCAUCUCCAAGAUCUCCAAGAAGGUGACCUUCCUGAAGAACAACGUGUAGCCGUCCUUGGUCAGAUCGCAGUCUUCCGAGAGAAUGCGGCAAAGAGAGAGAGGGAGAAAAAGUUGAUGGAGGAGGAAAAAGAGAGGUACAAAGCAAUGCAGAGUCAGGGCGGUGGGCAGCGACAGGCGCCGAGUGGGUAUGGUUAUGGUAACCGUGGUUUGGCCAAACAGCAACAGCAAGCGGAGAGACAGUGGGGAUCACAAUCCGCGAGCCCAGUACCGUGGAAAGGUGCUGGUCCAAGCCGGUAUGGUCCCGGAGAGAGGGAUCCUCAGGCUUACGAUAAGCCAGUUUCAUUUGUAAAAGCUGAGACGACGGAAGGUAAGGCGGAAAGUGGACGAACUGAUGAAGAGGAGGAAGAGCUCAGGAGGAGGAAAAUUCAGAUGGAUAAGGAUAUUGCUUUGCGUGAUGCCGAGCGAAGAGUAGAAGCUCGUGAAAGGACACGACUCGACGCGCUAUCCCGCGAAAUGAACUACCGUCAGACCCAAAAAGAUCUCGUGGCCCGCUCCCGUGCCCGACAAGAAGAGUUGUACGCCCGUUACGACGAUGAUGAGUAUAUUGAACGAUCCGAGCGUGAGCGAGAUCGACGAGAUCGACCUGAUAGGGAAAGGGAUGUUCGCGAGCUGUUCUACGUUGAUCGCCCUCAGUGGCGAGCGAGGAGACAAAAAUUUAGGCAGAACGAAUAUCAAGCGGAUCUGCGAGAUCGUCAGCAUGAAGAGGACGAGCGUCAAGCCCUUGAGCGCGAGUCGGAAGAGUUCUUGAAGAAGCAGAUGGCUGAACUCGCUGCUCUUGAGCAAUCUCAGCGUGCUCAAGGUCUCCUCACUGAGGAUGCUGCACCUAUCAAGCUCGCAAUCAAUCCUUCUGCCCUUCCACCUCCUCCUCCGAAGGAAGAGAAGAAACAUGUCGUUGCGCCCAGGCCGGGGGUCCAGUUUGAGGGUGAGGAUGAUGAUGAGGAAAGUGGUAGGAAGAAGAAGGGAACGUUUGUGAGGUUGGAUGAAGAAGAGGAAGGUGAUGGGUUAAAUGAGGCUGAGAAGAGGGCACGGAGGAAUGCCAGGUUGUUGGAUGUCAAGAAGGGAGUUCCCAAUGACAGGAGAAGUAUCUGGAAGUUCCCCGUUGAGUGGGCUGCUGUUGGUGAAACUCUAAUACAAAACAAGAUCAAACCGUUCGUUCACGAAAAGAUUCGAAACUUCCUUGGCGAGUUGGAUGAAGAUCUCGCAGACUUCGUCCUUGAGCAUCUUCGUGACCGCAAGGGCGCUGAUGACCUUGUUGACGGUCUUGAGCCUAUCUUGGCUGAAGACGCGGAACCCUUCGUCCUUCAAUUAUGGCGCCAACUUAUUUUCGAAAGUUUGGCAUUCAGAGAGGGUAUUGACACUGGUUCUAUGAUGAUCUAGAAGAAAAUCACUCAACAAUAUAUGAACCUGUGUGGGAGCUGGGAAGGAGGAUGUACGAAUGGAUUUUUGCGAAAGGGAUGAUGAAAAGUGGAUUAAGGGUAUGUCAAUGCAUGACGUGAAAAAGGAAUUUUGAUUACGAUUUCACAUUGAGGAGCGCCUAGCGAACAAAUUGAGCAUGGUCAUACGGGAUGAGCGCUUGUGGAUUGAUAUUGGGACAAGGUUGUUAACAAAGACGGGCGAGUACAUCCCCCUUCCUAUACUUCUGUCUGGGUUGGGCGUAUGUGAAGGAAAGCCUUGAAAUGAUAAAUUGAUUUUGUUCCAGCUUACUCAAAGUUUUAUGCUCAGAAAAGAUCCUUGUGGCGACGUGAAACAGUUCAUUGAGACUUCACUCCAGUACAUCCAUGUAUCCAUAUGCCUUCUUGGUCUUUAAUAAGUAACCUCAACAAGCUCGUUUACCCACAUCAGUCUUGAGAAAGCAAGGUAAAGGUACCUGUACCAGACAAGUUGCGAAUUAUGCGCCAUCAUCGCCUUCAGACCGAUGGCCCAUCCUCUCAAAUCAUUGAUCAUCACAUGCGUCUGCGUCCCUUUAGCAUUUUCGGUCCCGAAGAAGGUGUUGAAGCUAGGGAAGAGGAAUUGGAAUGCUCGCUGGAACUGUGGAGAGAAGAAGAGGGUUCGAAUGUGGAGGUAUAUGAUGUAUAGAGGGCCGGUGAACUUGGGCAAGAUGUCAGGAGAUUGAAGGGCUAGUACCCGUGGACGGCGCUCGGCCGGGAUAAGGGCGAGUGAAGAUGGAAGGGUAACGUGAUUGGGGUGAGAGGUGAUACCUUUCGGGUCGAAUGUGACAAUCUGCAGAUUCCACGUCAAUCAGGGAUUCAGAGGACGGUCCAUCGGACGGUGAAUCAUUAAAAGACUCACGAUAUCCACAGGAUGAGAGAAAAGGCUGUCUUGGAUGAUCGUGGAGACGAGUGUAGUAUUCCAUUUGGUUGUCAAGCCAUCUGGAAGAUCACUUGAAAAGCCAUCAGUAAUGACCACCCUAUAAGAUGGAGUAACGUACGGGUGAUCAGUAAUUUCAAGAUUUUCUGCUGGAAUACCCAAUGCUUCAUAGCUCUUGAUG